CGAAAAGAAAGGCUCUGGCAAGGGGGCGAGACAUCAUGGGUCUCCUGAGCAUCAUUCGCAAGAACAAGCUCAAGGAGCGCGAGCUGCGCCUCCUCUUUCUCGGCCUCGACAACUCUGGCAAGUCGUCGAUCCUGGCCAAGAUCCGGGGCGAUGCGACGCACGAGAUCUCGCCCACGCUCGGCUUCGACAUCCUGACGCUUCUUCAUCGCGGAUAUACCCUCAAUGUGUGGGACGUCGGUGGGCAGCGGACGCUACGGCCGUACUGGAAAAACUACUUUGAGAGGACCGACUGCGUCGUCUGGGUCGUCGACAGCGGAGACCGCGCCAGGAUGGACGACUGCCGCACCGAGCUGUGGUCGCUCCUCGGUGAAGAGAGGCUGGCAGGCGCGACGAUCCUCGUCUUUGCCAACAAGCAGGAUCUGGCAGGCGCCAUGUCGGCGUCGGAGAUCAGGGAGCGACUCACCUUGACCGACAUCAAGACGCACUCGUGGCGCAUCCAGCCGUGCAGCGCCAUCACGGGCGAGAAUCUCAUCGAGGGGCUAGAUUGGGCAGUCAAGGACGUGGGCAGCCGCAUCUACUUUUACGGCACCAGCGAGGUCAACGAUGGGCGUGCUGGCGUUCCUGUCGAAGAGGCAAAAGAAGCAGGGGCAGAGGCUCCGGCAGAUGUGGCGUGAGAGAAGAGAUGAACGAAAAGGAAGGAGAGGAGCAUCAAUGCGCGAGGCAAUCGCAUCUAGGAGAUGGCAUACUAUUUCAAAGAGCCAUGAAGGAUAGAGGCGCUGGAAGGAUUUAUGUACAGUACAGUAGAGCCGAGUUAAAAGAUCUCAUGAUACCC